AUGCAGGCACAGCAAAGCUCGUCAUCGGGCCAACCGCACGCGUUGACGGAUUUACGAGUGGGAAACAAAUUCAAAAUCGGCCGCAAAAUAGGGAGUGGCUCAUUCGGAGACAUUUACUUGGGAACCAAUAUCAUCAAUGGAGAGGAGGUAGCGAUAAAGAUCGAGGCUGUGAAGGCGAAGCACCCGCAACUCGAGUAUGAGGCGAAAGUUUACAAGAGCCUAGCUGGCGGAGUGGGCAUCCCAUUUGUACGCUACUUCGGCAUAGAGGAAGAUCACAACUGUAUGGUCAUUGAUCUGCUGGGCCCAAGUCUCGAGGAUCUUUUCAACUUCUGCGGUCGGAAAUUCACACUGAAGACAGUCUUGCUACUUGCGGACCAACUGAUUUCUCGAGUUGAAUACAUUCAUUCCAAAAACUUCAUCCACCGAGAUAUCAAGCCUGACAACUUUUUGAUGGGCUUGGGCAAGCGCGGGAACCAAGUCAAUGUCAUCGACUUCGGUCUCGCCAAAAAGUACAGAGAUCCAAAAACACAUUUGCACAUCCCGUACAAGGAGAACAAGAAUCUGACGGGGACCGCCCGAUACGCCAGCAUAAAUACUCAUUUGGGAGUUGAACAAUCGCGGCGCGAUGAUUUAGAAUCGCUGGGUUAUGUCUUGAUGUACUUCUGUCGCGGUGCUUUGCCCUGGCAAGGACUCAAGGCCGCAACGAAGAAGCAGAAGUACGACCGAAUCAUGGAAAAGAAGAUGACGACCCCGACAGAGGUGCUUUGCAGAGGAUUCCCAAAUGAGUUCUCGAUGUACUUAAACUAUACCCGGUCGUUACGCUUCGAUGACAAGCCGGACUACAGCUAUUUGAGGAAGCUCUUCCGUGACCUGUUUGUUCGAGAAGGCUAUCAAUACGAUUACGUUUUCGAUUGGACGGUGGUGAAGUACCAGCAGGAGGGUAAGGAGGCCCCGUCUGCCUCUCGAGAGGCCAGACCUGAGGACGCAGACGAGAGAGCGCGUGCGACCAAUGCAGCGGCAGCUAACGCCGCCCGUCGAAGUGCCGCACCGGUUGCUAGUAGCUCUCAACGCCCCAAUGUGAAUCCUCAGGCAGCUUAUCCGCAGAAUACCCGCCCCCCAGCCGGAGGAUAUCAGCAAUACUACCAAGGCGGCGAAGCUCCACCAACAAGUGCGUAUCCUGUCGGCGGCGGCGGAUACGCUUACGCGGAUCCCAACAUAAGCAGAGAUAGUUCGCGAGUCGCUACACCAGGAAUGAGCAUGCAGGGGGGGCCGGUGGGAAAUGUCAGUGCUUCGCAACCACGAAAGCCCAGUGGCGGGACUCCGGCGAGGAACUACUGAUCGCCCUUGGGAAGGAUGGGAGUGAGGACGAUAGUGCUUGCUUAGAUUUGUUUUUUGUGGCCCGGCAAGUUUUUCAUCGUCUCAUGCCAUCUGUUGGAGACGUACCUCUCGAACAUCCAGUGGGAGCCAAAUGUGAAGCUUUGUAGUGCCCAGAUUCCCGGCAUGGGUGGACGCUGCAACUUCGUUUUGGAUCGCCAUUUUUUCUUGUACAGUUAAGAGUUAAUUCAUGCGUAGCCUUUCUAUCGCUUCGA